AUGGUCGUUACUACAAAGGCAGUAAUCGCAUCCUUUGGCGGCAAGCUUCUGAAGCUAAGUCACUUGUCCACUUCAACCAGAUGUGAGAUGGCUUUCAACCUCUAUCUUCCACCUCAGGCUUUCGAGGAUUCGCACAGGAGAAUACCCCUCCUGAUCUAUCUAUCUGGCCUGACGUGUACCGCCGAUAACUGCUCUGAGAAAGGGUUUUUCCAGCACGGGGCCAGCAAGAAUGGAAUAGCUGUACUAUAUCCCGAUACCAGUCCGCGGGGUCUCAACAUUCCAGGAGAGAAUGAUAGCUGGGACUUCGGGACAGGUGCAGGGUUCUACGUAGACGCUACCCAAAAGCCUUACAAUAAAGCGUACAAUAUGUACACUUACGUGAAAGAGGAGCUACCUAAUGUAGUUUUCCAACAAUUUCCCCAGCUUGAUCCCGAGAGGGUCAGCAUUACGGGUCACAGUAUGGGCGGCCACGGAGCCUUAGUGUUGUUCCUUCGCAAUCCCGGAAAAUACCGAUCAGUCUCCGCCUUCGCGCCGAUUUGUAACCCAAUCAACUGCCCUUGGGGUCAAAAGGCAUUUUCAGGUUAUCUCGGAGAGAAUUACCAGGACUUAUGGAAAGAAUAUGAUUCUACUGAAUUGGUGAAAGGAUGGAAAGGUCCCUUGAAUAUGCUUAUCGACGUGGGUACUGGAGACAAUUUCUACAAGCAAGGCCAACUUCUUCCUGAAAACUUCGAGCAAGCAGUCCUUGAAGCAGGAGCUAAGGGUCUACGUAUACGCUAUCAACCAGACUACGACCAUAGCUACUACACAAUGGCGUCAUUCUCGGAUGACCAUAUUGCGCAUGCGGCGCAAUAUCUUUUCUAG